UCGCUAUCACCGACGCCUGGUUUCUCUUUCAGCCGCACCGGCUCUCCAACCCAAACCAACUCGACCCAAUCCCCGCGAAACCAACCUUCAUCCGAUAAAAUGGCCGACGAGUUCGCCCAGACACGCGGCGGCGACGAUUUGUUCGACGACGAGAUUGUCCCCGUCCCUGCGGAGAAUCAGGCCCAGCCCGCACCGCAAGUCGCCGAGGAGACCGUCGUCCCCGUGGAACCUGAAGCACAACCCGCUCGUAUCGACACCCCGCCGCGGUCGCGUGGCGGCGCAGCCGGAGGCGAGAGACGAGGCAGAGGCAGAGGCAAAGGACGCGGGCGACGAGGAUCACAGAACUCCAACCAACGACGCGCCGACGGACCGGUACCGCGGCCGAAGUCGGUCGACGCGACCUCCCAGCCGGAGAAUAAUAGCGUGGAGGAGUCUGCGCCGGAUGCGUCCGGGGAAAAUGCGGAGCAACAAAGCAAUGAGGAUACCAAUAGCAACAACGCCACGUCGGACCCCAAGGCGCCCGCCGCGGCGGCCGAUGCUCCCAAAGUGCCGGCCGUGCGUGGCGAUCGCAGCGCCACCGGCGGGAUCAAAAAGCCCAAGCUCACCGAGGAAGAGCUCUCGCGGCGCAUUGCAGCUGCCAAAGAGAACGCCGCCAAAGUUGCCGCCGCGCACGCCCGUGCCGAAGCCGACCAGGCUUCAUUCCUUGAACGCGAGAAGGUUGCCGAGGUGAAGCGAAAGCAAGAACGCCAGAACCGUCGCGUGAUGGAUACCGAGCGAGAGCGUAAUCGCCUCCGCAAGCUGCAGGCCCUGAACGGGCGAGAAUGGGAUUCUGAAAAACAAGACGAGCCGGACAAUGCACGCGGCGGGCGAGGUCGAUUCCGCGGCAUGCACGGCGGCGUCUCGGGCUAUGCCCGUCGAGACUUUGAGGGAGCGCAGGCGGAAGAACAGACGGCCGACAACCAUUACUCCCAUUAUAACAAUAACAACAACCAUCGCGGUCGAGGUCGUGGCGGACGAGGUGGCCGCGGCCGCGGAAACGGUCGCGGAGGGCGCGCCAACGGCCCCCUAGACGGACCGGCCCCUGAGCAGAAACCAGCCUCAUCUCCGCCGGUGAUCAACAACGAGCGCGAUUUUCCUUCUCUGCCCGGUAGUGACAAGAAGGACGAUGCCGCCCCGACAGUCCCCGCCGUCGAAGCGGCCAAGAUCGAGACAUCCAUAUCGCCCGUAUCAGCCGGGGCCUCCUGGGCCGAGCAAGUUGAAUCGGCUCGGGAAUGAGAUUACAGACAUUAUAGCCUCCGAACCAUCGAGACGAUUUCAUCCGUUUUCAGCAGCUGGUUAGACCUGUUUUCCUGCACGAUUUAUUCCCCAAAAUU